GUGGGUGUUGUGUCGAGUCCACAGUGAUGUGUGUUGAUGUCUGAUCCCUUUCUGUGCUCUACGUCACAGUGUCGCGACAUUAGUGCGGUGUUGACGGUGUUGUGGAGGCAGCAGCUGCCCCACAGGAGAAACUCCUGAAGUGUGUGAGUUCAUUUCAUCUCAUUGUAGCCUCUUCACCUUCUGGAUGGUGGUGCUGAAGUGAACCUGGGAGCUGUCGGACGUAAAAUGGGGGACGAUCGGCCUUUUGUGUGCUCCGCCCCUGGAUGUGGACAGCGGUUUACAAAUGAAGAUCACCUGGCGGUACAUAAACAUAAACAUGAGAUGACAUUGAAGUUCGGACAAACUCGCACUGACACGGUGAUAAUCGCAGAUCAGACCCCGACUCCCACUCGUUUCCUAAAGAACUGUGAGGAGGUGGGUUUAUUCAGCGAGCUCGAUGGCUCAUUCGAACAAGAGCUCCGUAAAUCCCAGGAGGAGGAGGAACGAAGAACCAAAAGCACGCUUUCUGCUGUUCCUUCAUCUGAGAUGAAGGAGAGAGACGGACCUCUGGAGAUCGACUCUUCUCCUCCAGACAGUCCUUCAUCUGCCUCCAGUAUGACUGACUCCAAAGACUCAGAGAUGCUGGUGAAGGAACCUGUUCCCAUCAGGAAGAACAAGGAAGUGCCUCCAAGGACAGCAGCAGCAAGCGCCACGCCAACACCAACCAUUGUACGGCCCGGAUCACUCCCUUUGCAUUUAACAUACGACUCUAUAAACCCCACUCAGCCAUCGCCCACAUCAGUCAUCACCCGGACUCCGCCCUCCAACAGACUCAGUUCUCCAUCAGCUUCUUUUCCCAUGAUGAUGCAACUUCCUAAUGGUCAGACUGUCCCUCUGCUCCCCAGUCCUGGACAAACUUCUGUCAUAUCAGUGGCCAGGUCAUCAAAUCCAGUCCCUAAUAUUCCUGGGAUUCCUGGUCCUCCAGUUGGUGGAAGCAGCAGCGGCUCCUCUUCUCCGUCUGGAUACAGCUCGCAUAAUGAUGCCAAGAUGAGGUUGAAAGCUGCACUUUCACCACAGAGUGUUAGUGGACCAACAUCAAGCCAGAAACCUGAACCCAGUGAGACUCUCUCACCUGCACAGCCACAGGUGUCACCUGCAGCUCCGAGAGGUGGGCGUCGGCGUCGUGGCGCAGACAUUGAGCCCGAUGAACGCAGACGACGUUUUUUGGAGCGGAACCGAGCGGCUGCUUAUCGCUGCAGACAGAAAAGGAAAGUAUGGGUCAACGCCCUGGAAAAGCGUGCAGAGGAACUUUCCACUGCCAACGUCACACUCACGAAUGAAGUGUCUCUGCUCAGAACCGAGGUGACACGUCUAAAGGAGCUCCUGCUGGCUCAUAAAGACUGUCCGGUUACUGCCAUGCAGAAAAAAGCCUACCUAGCUGCAGGUGUGGAUGAAAGCUCUGUCUCAGCACUGGUUCUGCCCGUCUCGGUUCCAGCUCCCGUGUCUGUUAACGGACUGAGUGUGCGUGCGGCGGAGGCCGUGGCCGUACUGGCACAGAUGGGGUCGGGUCAGUGGAGCGGCACGGGGGCAGGUGGAGACACACCCACCCAGUCACAGCCCACCUCCAGAUGAUGAGCAUGCGCUAAGGCCAAAUAAGGGGGUGUGGCCAGAGGGGUGUGGCCAGAGGAUGGGGUGUGACCUGAGCGCGCAUUCUUGAACAGUUAAAAACCACUCCCUGCUUUUCACUCUCACCGUUUUUCACCGGACUUGUAAGUGUGUGACGUGUCACGUGUUGUUGCUGGCUAACUAUACAGACUCGGACGCACUGCAGGAAAAAACACACAUAUACACACACACACACACACACACACACACACACACACACAUUGCUAAUAUCCUGUAUUUUCUCAUGUUACAUUUUUAAUAACUCUGAUGUAUUUAUUUGGUGUUUGUGACUGCAUGAUUCAUUCAGAUGACUUCACACUAGCAGGUGACAAGAUGCUCGUAUCACUUGUGGGCGUGGCCUGUCCUGCGUUCCAAUGAAAAACAGUAGUGACUAUAUAGAAAUAUAAAUAUAAAUAUCUUCUAAAGCUAACUAGUUAGGCAGAAUAAAUACCGCAUCGAUGAGUGUGAAAAGAGAGACAGAUUGGUGAUUAAUAGUGACGCACACUCGGCUUUGUUCUUGGAUUAGAUUAGCGAAGCAAGCUAACUGUAUUAGCUACGCAGACUCAUUUCAAGCUUUAUUUAUCUUCAUUACAUCUGUAUAUCACAGUUCAUAAGAGAUCAGAGAAGACAAGGUCAAGCCACAGUUAUAUGUAUCUCUUCCAUGUUUGUGGGAACUAAUAGGAAAUAAAUUUGCUGCAUGAUUGGUCUGAGGACUCGCUCGAGCUUAGGUGUCAGUGUUGUACCUAAUCUGCAUUAAAAUCGUGAUCGAGACGUUGCUGAAAUUUCCGUACACACAAAACGAACCUGCCGCUUUGUCGCUCGCUAGUGUGAACAUUUCAGACGCAUUAACAUGCUAAGCUCUGCCUCGAUGACUCUGCCUUUCUUUUUCCCCCACUUCCUUCCUUUUGUUCUAAAAACUCUGAAUAUCAAAAGUGGAGAUUCUGCAGAGGAAAAGCAGCGUAAUGUUAUGAGUGUUAAUAUCCGUCAGAACGCGCUACGUGUGUACGGCUAGCAUAAACCAAAACCAGACUUUUUGUUCAUUUAGCAAGUAUAACAAUCGCAUCUUGUGUGUGAUGUACAGGUUUAUCACUUUAGGCUCUCAGGACACACACACACAAUUUACAUGUGUAUAUAAAUGUACCAAUGGUUUUAGUUUCUCGCAGCUGGUUUUAUACUUAUGUAUCAUAACUUAUGAGGAUCAUCAUACAGGACAUAUUAAGGAAACUAGAGCUGAUCACUAUCACUUGUUUUGUCCCCCCCCCCCUUAAGUGCUUUUGUGUGUGUGUGUGUGUGUGUGUAAGAACAUUUCAUCAUCACACUUUAAUGAAGUCUUGCUGAGUCAAAUCACUUCUUUUCGAUACAGAACUGCUUUUGUUUUGGCGUAAGGAUACCACAAGUCACCCGGAAAGUGCACAGUAGCCGGAUCUUAUUUUUACUGUAUUAAUGUAGUUCUCUCUCUCUCUCUCUCUCUCUCUCUCUCUCUCUCUCUCUCUCUUUCUCUGUGUCUCUUUCUCUGUCUCUCUCCCUCUCUCACACACACACACACUACAUCAAAUUGUCAGGCUCAAUAUUUAUUAGGUCUUCAGUUUUUGAGGCUCCGCCCCAGGCCUCCGCCCUCCUCUCAUAUCCAGGUGUGUGUAUGUUGUGCAUUAUGAAUGAAGAGUGUAUACUUUGUGUGUAUCACUAACUGAACGUGUGAAGGUGUCGAUUAUCAGCCGAACUCUCUACAGAGCUGUAAAUAUCAGUGAGUAUAAAAUAAUAGUGUCACAGCCUCGCUGUCUGUAUAUGAACUAAAUGAAAUGGUCCUGAAGAUAUAUUGUAAUAAAUAAACAUUCGAUGGAA